AUGCAACCAAAUCAUUGCGACCUGCUUGGUCAGGUGCGUGAGCCCAGAGCCGCAAGUCAACUGAUGCGCGAUGGCCAGCCGCGCGAACAGGGUCAGCCUCGGCCGUCCGGUGCGGCGCCCAUGAGAUCAGAGGACUCUUGGAUUGAGUUAUCCUCUCAGCCGUCGUCUUCCUCCCUCUCGGCGGCGAGCGACGACAUUAUCACCACGGGUCUCCGGGUCGAACAGCAAGAAAUAGGCCUCUUUCGUCACAACCGUCGCCGACGCAUGCAGCACCUUGCAGCCGUCACCGCCGCGCAGGCGGACUAUUCAUCGAGGGAAGCAAGCAGUAGUCAGGAGGAAUAUGAAGAGAGUGAAAGCGACCCAGACCCAAGCAUGAGUAGUUCCAACGAGGAUGUUCGUCGACCAGCUCUACCCUCAACAUCGGUGCCUCCGUCUCCCGAGGUGGAUUCCAGCGAUGAAGAAGACGAUACCUCGACUGCCCUUGGAAUGGGCAUCAAUACUUCUCCUUUUGUUCCCCAGCCAAACGUAUUUAGUCACCCACCAGCUACCUCAGACCCCUCAUGGACUCGCCCGAACGAAGCACGCCGCUCACAACCCAGCGUCUUAUCAACCUCGAGUCGGCGCACCGCUAUUCGGAGAGAUUCAUUGCCAAACACACGGUCGGCCAGACGGUCCUCUCAAUCAAAUCACAGCCCCUAUAAUAUGAUCUCGCCAUCGCAUCACGCAGACCAUGAUGCCGCUCUUCGUGCUAGUCUAUCGACACUACUGUCAUGCGCCGCUGCCGCUCGUGGCCUCCCGAAGCCAGAACAUCACCGGCCUCUACAACCGGGCCCUUCCAAUGCACCACCAGCAUCGUUCCGCCUGGUCGGCGAAUCCGUAGCCAUGGGCGAGGAAAGUGACGAGAAUAGAUCAUCGCUCCGCUAUACGGACGCCAGUUCCCCCACCGGCGCUCCCCGCCGCCAGCAGCCCCGCACCGUCGUGGCUCCAGCCAAGGGGAAACGCCGAUCUCCCUCCCCGAAAGACCGCAACGCCGCAGCUAAGAAGACCCGCCACAUCGGGUUGGAAGAAUCACCACCGCCCCCAACUAUUAUGACCUGGGUUAUAAGUGCGGGUGUGGUGGUUCUCUUUUCUGCGAUCAGCUUCUCCGCUGGCUACAUGCUGGGCCGAGAAGUCGGCCGCACGGAAAUGAGCCUAAUGGGUGAUGGCAGUGUUCCUGGCGCUCGUUCCUCGGCAGCUUGCGGUCAAGAGGCGGUGCGAGGGGGUCUCAAGCGCUUGCGUUGGGGCACUGGUACUGGAUCGGUGAGCUUUGUCUCGAUGUGA